AUGGUCGCCGAACACCUCACCGUCCGUAACCUGACCUCGAAGCCGGUCAUCCUCAAGCAUGUCGAGCGCUUCAACCCGCCAGACGGGCCCAAGACCAUCUCCGGCCAUUUCACCACCAUGAUGAGCAACAUCACCGGCACCCCAGCUGAAAUAGCCCCCAUCCAGGACGGGACCGAGUCCUUUGCUCGUCAGGACGUCGACGUCCGUGUCGAGCCGUUCAUGGAGGUGACCAGCAACGAUGUCCGGGCCUUUGACAAGUCAGACAAGGAACGCAUGCGUCUUACCUUUGAGAUAGAAGGGGAGAAGUACCAGAUCCAGGUGCCCGUUCCCACCAAGGAGACGAUAACCAUGAAGGCUCUCUCGCCCAACCCUCGCUUCCAUCUCACGGGCAUCCAUAUACCAGAACACUCCCACCUGGCCAUCUUCUCAUCUGCAAACCUCGACGGCUGGAUGCGUGAGCUCAAGGAUGAUACGCUGACAUCCGCCUUAUCUAUCCCGGGCACUCACAACUCGCCAGCAUGCCACAUUGCCCCUCCCUCCGUGCGUUGUCAGGCCGUCAGCCCACGCGAACAGCUCGAUAACGGAGUCCGCUUCUUCGACGUACGCUGCCACCCCCAAUGGCCAAACGAUCCAGCCAAGGACGGCCUAAUUCUCGCCCACAGCGUCUUCCCCGUCUCUCUCACCGGCCAAAAGACAUUCAGGGGCCUCCUCGAUGAGAUCGAGAGCUUCCUUGACCGCAACCCGUCAGAAACACUCAUCAUGUCCGUCAAGCGUGAAGGGCCGGGGGAGCAUAACGACGACCAGCUCGCCAACAUCCUAAAGACACACUAUGCCAACGCAAAGCCAUCACGCUGGUAUACAGAUACCAAGGUACCCACCCUCGGCGAAGUAAGAGGGAAAAUCGUCCUUGUCCGCCGCUUCAGCAUCCCCGAACACCUCACAAAGGAACAUGACGGCCGCGGCUGGGGUCUCGACGCUUCAAUCUGGGCUGAUAAUUGCGACUACCACGCCUGUCCCAGCGGCACGAUUUGCAUCCAAGACUUCUACGAAGUACAAGAGACAGAAAACAUAGAGAAGAAGAUCGACCUCGUCAAUGCUCAGCUCUGCCGAUCAGCUGAAUGCUGCUACCCUGUUGGCGUCCUAAAGGUAGAUGGCGGAGAUAGAUGCCCGUUCUUCGUCAACUUUCUUAGUGGGAGUAACUUCUGGAAAGUACAGACUUGGCCUGAGAAGGUUGCUGCAAAGCUCAACCCGGCUACGGUAGACUAUAUCUGUCGAAGACACAAGGGCAACAAGGGCGACUGGUCGACUGGUAUCAUUGUCUGUGAUUGGGUAGGUAAGGACGGUGACUGGGAUUUGGUCAGGUGCAUUGUUGGGAUGAAUACAAAGCUAGCGAUGAAGCAGCAUUAG